UUCCCAUCAAUCAUUCUCUUUCUAAACUUCUUUUUGACCCAUUUUCGAAUUGCAACAAGCUCUCUCUCUCUCCCCUGGACGGAUUUUUUAACCUCUCAAUUCGUUCUCUCUCUAAACUACUAUUACACUCACAUCCAAAGUUCUGACCUUUGCACAUAGAACCACACAGUCCAGAUCUCCUGCAACAAGUUCAGCCAUGGCUUCAAAACCCAUCUUCUUUAUUCGCCCUAAUUCCCCAAUUCUCAUGUCUUUCUUUUUGUUCCUCAUACUUUCUCUAUUCUCUUUCACCUCCACAAUGGGCUCUGAAGAUGCUUCAUACGACAAUGAUCUUGAGACCUUCGAAGAGCUUUUGGCAGCGGAAGAGGAGUUGCAGAGUGAGGUAAAGGAAAUAGGGCCUGAGAAAGUUAGCAGAGCUCAAAAGAUCGUAAUGGAGCUCAACAAUGAUAAUUCCCAUGAAAUAGUUCAUAGUAACGAGUAUGUAUUUCUUCUGGGUUAUGCCCCAUGGUGUGGAAGGAGCCAAGAAUUGAUGCCCAAUUUCUCUUUGGCUGCAACCACCAUGAGAGAGAUGGAGAAUCCUGUGGUUUUUGUGAAGCUUGAUGCAGAAAGGUACACAAAAGUGGCUUCGAGUUUGGGGAUCAAGGGCUUUCCCACCCUGCUCUUCUUUGUCAAUGGGAGUGCUCAAUUGUAUAAUGGGGGGUUCACAAGUGAGGAAAUGGUGAUUUGGGUUAGAAAGAGAACAGGCAUGCCAGUUAUCAACAUAUCAUCUGUUCUUCAGGCUGAAGAAUUCAUUGCCAAACACCAGAUGUUCCUUGUUGGUUUAUUUGAGGAUUUAGAGGGAAGUGAUCAUGGGGAUUUUGUGAAAGCAGCCAUUGCAGAUAAUGAAAUCCAAUUUGUUGAAACUAGCAAUGUCAAGGUGGCCGAAGUUCUGUACCCGGAUAUGGGAUCCAGAAAUCAUUUUCUUGGCUUUGUUAAAGGGGAACCAGAGAAGUAUGUUGCAUUUGAGGAUGAGUUCAAAGAGGAGAAAAUAUUGCAGUUUGUGGAGACAAACAAGUUCCCAUUGGUCACUGUGAUGACUGAGUUAAAUUCUGCCAAAGUUUACUCGAGUCCUUUUAAACGUCAGGUUUUUAUCUUUGCCGAGCCUGGUGAAUUCAAGAAGCUCCUUGGGAUUCUUCAGGAUGUUGCUAGAAAAUUCAAGUCAAAGAUAAUGUUUAUCUAUGUCGAUUCAUCUGAGGAUGACCUUGCAAAACCCAUCCUAACAAUAUUUGGGCUCGAACCGGAGGAACCCAUUGCAACGGCUUUUGAUUAUAGAACAGGAUCCAAAUAUGUGUUGGAGUCAGAUCUGACCAUAAGCAACCUAGAGGGCUUUUGCUUUGGGCUGGUUAAUAGUACUCUUCCACCCUACUUCAAAUCAGAGCCUCCUGUACCAAGAAGUGAGGAAUUGAUCCAAAAAGUUGUGGGGAAAACAUUUGAUGCUAUAGUGUUGAGCAGCACUGAGAAUGUCCUGUUAGAGGUGUAUACACCUUGGUGUGCAAACUGUGAGGCGACAAGCAAGAAAAUUGAGAAGCUGGCAAAGCACUUCAAAAGAUUACAAGACAAGCUUCUCUUUGCAAGGAUAGAUGCUUCUGCAAAUGAACAUCCAAAAUUGCAGAUAGAUGAUUACCCAACUCUCUUGUUUUACCCUUCUGGUGAUAAAAUGAAUCCGAUCAAACUCUCCACUAAAUCAAGCUCAAAAGAUUGGGCGUCAUUUAUAAACAAAAGAAUGAAAGCUGGGGAAGGUAGCGAAAAUUCAGCUCCAGUUCAAGCAACAAAGGAUGAAUUAUAAAGCUUGCAGCUUUCAGAUCACCCCAAUUUCCCUGAAAAAUGGACAUAAGAAUGAAGAAAUUAUGCUGACGAUAAUAGAUCAGAGUUGCGGAUAAUUGUAUUGUAAUUACCGAGUCAAAUUUUCCGAGUUCUUUUGCACCUUGGCAUGUUAAGGAAAUGUGUUCCUCCGAUAUGGAAUCUUGAUGAUUAUAAAAGGUUUAAUUUAUAUUUAUGUCAAACUCAUUCCUCUGAA